AAAUUGUCCCAGAAGGUACAUUUUCAUAAAGUCUCCCAUUUUACCAAUACUGACCCUCUUUACUUCUGGGUCCUUUUAACAGCAUUGAUUAGUGCUGAUGUAAUGAGAAAAAUGUUGAUGUAAAUAAAACCCAAAGCGGCAUAAUUUCAAAACUUUGUUGUUUUUGUCUGACUAUUUAAUUCCCUCACGGCUGACAGCACUCCUUGACGUGAUGACGGUGUGGACCUCACGUCACAGCACGUAUGAGCGAGGACAGUACGGGCCCAGUGUGGACUGCUAACAUUCGGGAUAAAACAUUUAGCAGACCUGUGGUUUGGAAGUUUGUACUAUUGAAGGCGGACAUUUCCCACUUCCGCUUUCGCUCUGAGAGCGAGGUGUGUCCCUGCGGCAGCUCGCGCCACACCGUCUCCUCCCGCAUUGUUGUUGUUGGUACAGUCGCGCGCUGUGGCUCGUGCUAUCCUCCCCUGGUCUGUGCCGACGGUUGGCUCGCCGCGCGCAUGCAGCAGAAUGGCUCGAGCGGUUCCAACGGUUCCGAUGGCUGCAGCAGCAGGGAUCGCCAGGCGCUGUCCUUCAGCCCGCUGCCCGGCGCCACGACAAGGGUGAGGAGGUUCAUUCAGGAGAGACGGACGCUGCCUCUACCCAGAGUGAUGGUGGUAUUCUCGGCCGCAGGUGACACCGAGAAACCGGGCGAUGCCAUGUCCAGCUCGGACUCUGCGGAGGACGAGUUCCGAAAGCCGGCCUCCCCGACCCCGAGCUUCACCCUGAGCAAGCCGCUCCGCUCCGCGCUGAGCACACAGGAGCAGGAGUUCCCAGAGGUGAUCUCUCUGAAUGUCGGGGGCACGUACUUCACCACUCGCCUGUCCACGCUGCGGCGAUUCGAGGACACCAUGUUGGCCGCCAUGUUCAGCGGGCGACAUUACAUCCCACGGGACGCCGACGGACGUUACUUCAUCGAUCGGGAUGGAACAUAUUUUGGUGAUUCUGUUUCCAUCCAAAGGGACAUCCUGAACUUCCUGCGAGAAGGUGAGCUCCCUCACAGGGACCGUGUGCGAGCGGUGCACAGAGAGGCUCAGUACUACGCCAUCGGCCCGCUGCUGGACAGCCUGGAGGACACUCAGCCACUCACAGGGGAGAAAGUGCGACAAGCUUUCCUCGAUCUGCUGCCCUACUAUAAAGAGAAUCUGGAGCGAAUCGUGGAGAUUGCCAAACUGAGGGCCAUGCAGAAAAAGGCGCGGUUUGCCAAGUUGAAGAUCUGCGUCUACAAGGAGGAGAUGCCGAUCACGCCAUACGAGCGCCCUCUUUUUAACUCUCUUCGCUUUGAGCGCUCGGACAGCGAGGCAAAGCUCUUUGAGCAUCACUGCGAGGUGGACGUUUCCUUUGGACCUUGGGAGGCAGUGGCAGACGUUUACGACCUUCUGCACUGCAUUGUCAGUGACCUAGCCGAGCGUGGCAUCACUGCCGAGCAGCAGUGCAUUGGUGUGUGUGACAAGCACCUCAUCAACCACUACUACUGCAAGAGGCCCAUCUAUGAGUUUAAGAUCACAUGGUGGUGAAGCUGGAGGGAGGAAGUCGUGGACCAAAAAGCAAAAGGCUGGAUGUUCGAUUUUUACGAUAAGUCGGCAGAUAUUGGUUUUUGUAUUGAAGUUGCCAAUAUUUUGUGCUGAUGUCUUAAAAUGUGACCCUUUAAAUCAUCCUCAUCAUGUUUUUUCCAGAAAUAUAUAAAUUAUUUUUUUCAUCAUAAUGAAAAACACAAGAAAAUCAAUUUAAUACCAACAUCUUCCAGUGACAUUCAAGCCAGUGAAAAGCACUUUUACUUGGAGCUCAAUAUUGCCACUGGUGUCCAAAAUGGAUUUAGAGAUUUGUGGUUAAAAUAGCUAUAAUUAGAAGAAUGGCAUAUUGGUAUGAUUUACCUCCUGAUUAUCAAAAAUAACUCAAGGAAAAUAAGAAAAAUACUUAUACUACUAAAAUAGCUGGUGAUUAAUUUAAUAGUUGGAAAUCAAUUAGUCAUUGCAGCGCUAGUUAAUUCGUCAACUUAUGUCAGUUAUACAGUAGUCUGGGUAUAGCCAAAAUUUGCUAACAUCUGCCAUCAUAUUCUACUGAUCAAACCAGAUCAAAUAUGUCUAAAGCUGCCAAAUCCCUGAGUUCAUUGAAUUAUUAAAGUAUGGUGUGUACUUUGCUUAUGCACUCAAUUUUUCAUUUAAAAGAGAAAAUGUAGCAUUUACUCUUUUGAAAGUCCUGACCUGAAGUGUCUUUAAAGCUUCAAAUCAUUAGAGAUUAAGUCCCGCCCCUACUGGUGUGCUCUAUGUGACCCAUUUGAGAAAAAACAAUGUCAAUUGUCAGUGUCACACAAGCUAAUUUUUAAAGUAAAGAAAGUCAUAAGUUGUUGUAAAGAUAGUAGAAUACCAGUUAGUGUUGUGUGAAGCUACUUGUGGAACUGUCAUGGCUUUGGUUUUUCGGGUUAACUCCUCCUUUGUCAUGUUUUGCUUUAUACUUCCUGUCUUUGGCUUUUUCCUGCCCCUUUUUCCUGUUCGCCUGUGUUUCAUUAGUAAUUAAUCCUUGUGUAUUUAAGUAGAUGGUUUUCCUGCACUUUUUGUUGGAUUGUCUGCUCCACACAUGUCCUCAGAUUCUCCUUAACAAUUUUAACAGGAUAAUAAGGGUUAAGAUUUACUAGAAGUCAGGCAACAAAACCAGGCUCAAGAGAAUCUAAUGAAAUGCUUAAGCGCAAAUUGACACUCGUGUAGCAAAUGCAGAAAAGUCCUAAGGACUGAUUCCCUAAUGAAACACAGGUUUACAAGACAAAAAGGCACAAAAGAGACAAAGACAGAACGUAUAAAUCAAAACUGACAAAUGAAAAGAGAACCUACAAAAUAAAACGGGAAAUGAAUAAACCACAAACCCAAACCAUGACAGUGAACUGCAUUUUCUUGCUCGAUAUAUUGUACAACACCCAAACUCACACAGUUGUCACCACAGCACAGAUUAAUGUGAUGUGAAAAAAAAUAUUUGUCUCUUGCCAUCCAUUUCCAUACAUAUUUUUACUCUGAAAUAAGGUCCCAUGGUGUUUGACCAGAGGGGACAUGCCUCUCUAUUGUGUUCCAACUUGUGAGUGUGAAACUACAGUGACUGAAGCAAAAAUAAAUCUGGAGUCUGAGAUGAUUGUUGCUGUAGAAAUGGCAUGAUGUGAUUGUGGAGCUCACUUAAAAACAUUGUCCAUUGUUUGGUCAUAUCCUAAAUGUAUUUUUAUUUCUUUCAUUCUUUUAUUACAUUAACUGAUUCAUCAGUGGAUUGAUUUGUGAUCGGGUUCAGAAGUGUCUCACCACAUUUCCAGAACUCAAGAAAUGACCCUGUAGUAAAUAUUGAAUAUUGUAAGUAAACUGAAGUCAAAUCUGUAUUUUUUAGGACUAAGCUUUGUUUCAGGGUGCAGAAUAAUUGUGAGCCUGUUCCUUUUGGAUAAACAGAGUAUAUUUUAAUUAUGCUACCUCCUGAGGAGUGUGUUUUUAAAGACUUGAGAAAGGUUGUGUGAUAUUCAUUUAAUCAGUUUUCAUGUUUAACUUGGUUGGUUUAUGUCACCAGGUUACAGGGGAAUGAAAGUAGCCAUGUUUGUCACAUGCUAAUGCAAACUUCCCGAUGUCACUUUAACUUCCAUUCCACCGUUUUCCAUAUCACGACAUUAUGAAAUUCAGUGAAGUUUUGGUUUAAAGUCAGAGCUAAGAUACAUGUUAUUUGCUACUGUUAA